CAUAUAACAAUGCAACGACACGUGGCACACAGAGAUUUAAAUUAGCUCUCAACCAGAAUUCACAGAAAGGAAAAGCAGAUAAUUAAAAGAGAGGGGAGAAUGAACAUUAAUUACUCAGCAAUAGCAUUUAUCAAAUGAUUCUGUAAUAAUCUCUUUUUUUAUUUAGAUUACGUCUGCAAUAGUCUCAUAAGCUUUGGACUGUGCCCUCUAUAUAAACUCAACCCUCCCAUUCUCUUUUUAGCAGUCUCAACAAGCUCCCUUGUUUCUCUCUCAAUCAUAUCUACACUAAAAAUGGGUGCUUUUAGUUUCAAAAACAUUUCAUUUGUGCUCUUCAUUGCUUUUCUAGUUUGGUCUGCAAGUUUUGAUACUUGCAUUGCUAGAAGAAGUAGGCAUUGGAGGCAAAACAGAGCUGCCUCUGCUUCUCUGUUUCAGAAAGGAAAGAGUCGUGACAACAACCACAACCGCCAUAAUGGAGGAUCAAAACCAAAACCUGAACCUCCGUCCCAUCAAUCUCCAUUGCCUCCUGCUUCAAAGCCACCAAAAGAUGACGACCCGUCAUCAAGCUCGCCAGUCAAAGGCUCUGCAAUAUUUAAUGUGCUUGAUUUUGGUGCUAAGGGAGAUGGAAAGAGUGAUGACACGAAGGCAUUCCAAUCUGCAUGGGCAGCUGCUUGUAAGGUGGAGGCAUCAACGAUGCUCGUUCCAGCAGAAUUUGUAUUCCUUGUGGGACCUGUUUCUUUCUCAGGUCCAUACUGUCAAGAAAACAUUGUAUUUCAGCUGGAUGGCACAAUCAUUGCUCCAACGAACUCCAACGUUUGGGGGAAAGGUCUGCUGUGGUGGAUUGAAUUCACAAAGCUUAAAGGUAUUACAAUUCAGGGAACAGGCACCAUCGAUGGAAGUGGCUCAGUAUGGUGGCAAGAUUACCCAUUUGAUGAUCCUAUAGAUGAUGAGACCAAACUCAUUAUCCCACUAAACCACACAGUAGAAGAACACCCACCAAUACCGAUAAGAAAUGAAUUCAGUAAGAAAAUGCCAAGCAUCAAGCCUACAGCGCUAAGAUUUUAUGGAAGUUUCAAUGCAUUGGUCACAGGCAUUACAAUUCAAAACAGUCCCCAAUGCCACCUCAAGUUCGACAACUGCAUCGGAGUGGUGGUACAUGAUAUAAACAUCUCAUCACCUGGUGACAGUCCAAACACUGACGGAAUCCACCUGCAAAAUUCCAAAGAUGUGCUAAUUCACAGCAGUAAUCUUGCUUGUGGAGAUGAUUGCGUUUCAAUACAGACUGGAUGCACAAAUGUAUACAUACGCGAUGUGAAUUGUGGGCCAGGACAUGGAAUCAGCAUUGGAAGUCUGGGAAAGGAUAAUACCAAAGCCUGUGUCUCCAACAUCACAGUUCGAGACGUCGUUAUGCACAACACUAUGACUGGUGUCAGAAUUAAGACAUGGCAGGGUGGAUCAGGCUCAGUACAGGGGAUACUCUUUUCAAACAUUCAAGUUUCUGAGGUUCAACUUCCAAUUGUGAUUGACCAAUUCUAUUGCGACAAAAGCACAUGCAGAAACCAAACUUCAGCUGUGUCUCUAUCAGGAAUAAAUUAUGAAAAAAUUAGAGGCACAUACACAGUAAAACCUGUACACUUCGCCUGCAGUGACGCCCUCCCAUGUAUAGAUGUAAGCCUAACUACCAUAGAACUAAAACCACUGCAAGAACAAUAUCACAUGUAUGAUCCUUUCUGUUGGCAAACUUUUGGAGAGUUGAAUACUCCUACUACACCUCCAAUUGAUUGUCUACAAAUUGGUAAGCCGUCAAGCAACCGGCCUCAGUCAGAUCAUGAUGCCUGCUGAGCUUUUGCCCACUUAAA